AAACUACACACUUGAAUCCCAUUGACAUCAGACGAAUUACAGUUUCAUUAGAUAAUCAGUCCGACUGUUUAUCAGGAAUCAGGGGACUGAUUGGCUGCAAAGUGCGCUGAUCCCCACCAAACGUCGCUAGUCGCCGAAUAGUUUUGAAUUUCGGUUUUAGUAUUUUAUAUAAGUCGGGCAAAUCGAGCAAAGGAAACGGUUAUCGACAAUUAGCUGAUUUGUCGGCAGGUCUAAUUGCGGUGCAACAUGGCGAAAUCGAAAGUGAACAAUGUUGGUGAACUGUUGACUCAAUCGCUUGGCGAGGAUGUGGAAGUGUUGGAAGAGGAGACGGCAGUGCUGACCGCACCAGGAGAGCACUACGGCAGCGUGAUGCUGGCGCUGAAUGUGAAAAUCAAGCGCAAAAAGUCUGGACUCAAGGGGGACUUGCAUCUCGUCGCCAAACUGAUCCCGGCUAAUGAAAUGCUGCGGCUGGCCUUCGAUAUACCUGUAACGUUCAAAAAGGAAGUGUUCGCAUACAAGCACACCAUCCCCGAGCUGGUCGCGCUGCAGAAAGAGCACAGAGUGCCAGAGGAGCAAUUCAUAGACAAUCUGCUGCCCAAGUGUUUCGGCGCCAGAGUGAGCGUGGACGAGAACAAAAACAUCGUGGAUGAAGACGCAGUGUUGAUCUUCGAGAAUCUGAAGCUGCAAGGUUUCAUCACGGAAGAUCGAUUGAAGGGCUUCGACUUGAGCGCCACCAGAGUGAUUUUGCAAGACCUGGCCCGAUACCAUGCGGUGCCCAUAGCGUUGAAGCUUCUCAAGCCGCAGGCGUUUAAGGAAAAAGUCCUGCCAGCCACCGUUUCCAAUAAAGGCCUGGAGCAACUGCCGCCUGAGGUGGGCACAACUUUCCACAAUGCCAUCAUGGAAGGAGCUCGCGAAAUGCCAGAGCUGCAGCCUUACUUGGCGCAAAUACAGAAGAUUGUUGAUGAUGGCGCGGCGAAUCCUUUCGUGAACAGGAGCAAUCCGAACGAACCUUGGGGCACGAUGUGCCACGCGGAUUUCUGGGUCAGUAACACCAUGAUCCAGAAGGACCAAACUGGCCGCACCGUGAAGAACAAGAUCGUGGAUCUGCAGCUGCUCAGGUACUGGAGUUGCUGUUGCGACCUGGUCUUUUUCCUGUUCACCAGCGUGAUCAACACCAUUCUGGACGAGCAUUUCGAUGAUUUUUUGCGGCUGUACCACGAGACGUUUCUGAAGACCUUAGCAGAUUUCCGGCUGGAUCUUGCUCCGUUCUCUUGGGAGAAUUUCCUAGAGGAACUGAACGAAGUGGCUCCCACCGAGCUCUACCAUGUGCUCAUCAUGCUCAAGCCAAUCUGCACUGAAAAGGGCAAGGUGACGAACAGCUCUGAAGAGUUCCAAGACUCCGACUGGAGCAGGAAGGAUCUGCUGGGGCCCAAUCACAGAAGGAAGCUGAAGGACACUGUGUUAAGUAUCCAGAAGCGAGGAUGGCUAUGAUUAGCUUCGGCACUCCAUUUUUAGGGCAUUUAUGGGUAAAUACACUAAAGUGAACUAAGGUUCUGUUAUGCAAUAGCCAUAAUAAUAAUAAUAAUAAUAAAAGUGUUUAUCAGAAUUAA